UGCCCCGAGCCCAUUUCCUCCAUGGCCCCGUCGAAGCGGACGCCCAUCUCGUACCCAGCACCCGCCGUCCGCAUGUACCAAUCCCUCCCCUGGCCCCGGCGCCGCCCCGCCCCCAUCCCCUCCCCUGGUUCUGCUCCGAUGCCGAUCCGGUAAACAACCGCCGGCAGGCUCCUCCCGUACGGCCGCCACGUCCACGCCCACCGCCGCUGCGCUCUGUACCCAACCUCCCACCAUCUUCUCAGCGACCCCGCAAGCCGUCGCCGGCUCGAACCCGCGUGUCGUGUGCCCGCUACCCCAUCCCGUCGCACCUCCCUACCCCCACCAUCUCUGACCACCGCCGCCGCCCAUUGCAUUGCAGAACCACCUGUCGUCGCCCAUUGCACUGCAGAACCACCCGUCGCCGCCUACUGCAUCGAUAGGUGAGCUUCUGGUUCCUGAUUGUGUUGUCGUGAUUGCACUCAUCCUCUAUGGGGUCCAUCAGAACUGAAAAAGAUGACACCCUGCAUUCUUGCCGAGACUGUCAAUAUGUGGGAGAGAGGGCACUGUUAACUCCUUCCCAUUGUGCUCGUCUCAUGCUCGGAGGAGGCAAGAGCAAAUCCGGUGUGAUCCGGAUCAUCGUGCAGCCAAGCACAAAGAGGAUCCACCAUGAUGCUCAAUAUGAGGACGCUGGGUGUGAGAUUUCAGAAGACCUAUCAGAGUGUGGUCUUAUCAUAGGCAUAAAGCAACCACAGUUGGAGAUGAUUCUUCCAGAUAGAGCAUAUGCGUUCUUCUCACACACCCACAAGGGCCCAGAAGGAGAAUAUUCCGUUGUUAGAUAUGGUAUUCAUUAUUGCGGGUGCGCAUUUCUGUCAAGGAAAUGGUGUGCUAAAUUGCUGGUUCAUAUUUUUCAGAUCAUGGAAGUAGGAGUGUCCUUGUUUGAUUAUGAGCUAAUUGCUGAUGACGAUGCGAAAGGAAUGCUGGCAUUUGCGAAAUUUUCUGGUAGAGCUGGGCUGAUAGACUUCUUGCAUGGUCUCGGACAGUGUAAAAACAUUAUUCAGUUCCUGAUAUUCUUAUCUCUAUGAUGCUCUCUUUGCUAUCUGGACUUAUCAGAA